AUGGCUAUGAACGAGAAGAAGACGACGGACUUAGAACAGGGAUGGGAGAUCAUGCAGAAAGGUAUAAUGAAGUUAAAAAAUAUUCUCGAAGGCCUUCCAGAGACUCAGUUCAGUUCCAUGGACUACAUGGGGCUCUACACGUAUGUAGUCCUCUUUAGUGUUUGUUUUUUCUGUUCUUCAUCCUGCCUAGUUAUGUGCAUUGGUUGAUAGAAACAUAUCUGCGUUCAGGACUAUAUACGACAUGUGCACUCAGAAACCCCCUCAUGAUUACUCACAACAGCUAUAUGACAAGUACCGGGAGGCGUUUGAGGAGUACAUCACUUCAAUGGUGGGAAACAAGCCUACUUUUUGAAUGGUUUUUUAUGCGGCUAGCUCUUACAGUAUAUGCCCGGAUGCAUUUGUCGACUCUGUUGCAAUGAUAUUCUUCACUGCUAGAGAGGGUUAAAGAACCUGUCAUUUUGCCUCUCUUAUGAAACUUUCAUAUCUGUAUGAUUUUUGGAAAUUAUCUUUAGAUUUUCUUUUCCUCUCUUGUUUUCUAUUUAGUACAUCCAUUUAUACUGAGUCACGAACUGUUCAGUAUGGUUUUUGGCACUUACGAGGUAGGGGAUACCUUGUAGCAGGUUGGUGUAUGCACGCUCAAGAACCGGUGAGAUGUGAACUUUAAAGACGACGGAAAAAUGGCAUCCUGGGUUUCUUAGGAACUGUACUUUUAUCUUUUAGACGGGGACUCGCAUACCUUCUUGCCUGCUGAUUGACGAGAGACUUAAAGAACCCCUACUUUUUUGAGAUCUUUUCGUAUGUCGAAAGAAAGUGAAACUUAAUCUUUGUAGGAGUCCAUAGUGCGACUUUCGUAUGCAUAAAAAGUCCCAAUCCUUCAGUUUAUCAAAUGAUCUCUUGCUGGACUAAAACAUCUGGAGAGCCUGCACCUCAGUGUACCCUUGCACAAACAUACGGUUGCUUGCCACUUGGCAGUCAUCAAAUGGCUUUAGAGAAUGGUUGACAUCUUUGCGUGUACUUGGGAGCUCUACCAGGGCUGUGAUGCAAUCUAUUUUCGUAAUAUCCCAACCAAGUCAAAGUAAUCAAUGAAAUCCUUAUAUUGUUAUUAGUUUGUGACAUUUGUAUAAGGGACAUCAUGUCAAGAUAAAUAAACAUGUUCUUGUUAUUACACCUCUAAAAGAUAUGCUGUUGGGAUGUUGGGGAACAUUUGUAUGAUGCUUACAGCCUAUUUCCAUGGAUUCUUGCUUUAAUGUCAUAAACAAUGAACGAAUAUUUUUUAUUUGAAUUGGCUAGUUGUUCUGGUCUUAAAGUGGUUGUCUAGAAGAUAAUACUCUUGGACUUUUUUUCCGAGCUAUUUACAUUUCCAGGGAGAAAAAAAGGAUAUGGUGGAGAGGAGCAAAACAAGACCUUUUUUUUUUUUUGCAAUAAUAUAAUCUUAUCAUUGGCGUAGUAGAAAUGUAGACCUUUAAGCUAUUUGUCUAUCUCAGGCUUCCUGUCCUCUAUCAUAUCCUACUCAACACCUCUACAAUAAGAGCAGAAGGGAGAGGAGACAAAGGUCUCCUUGCUUGCUUCCUCUAAAGCCUUGGAAGAAUCCUGUAGGUACCCAUUGGCAGGAAAAAAUAAUCUAACAGAAGUAUGGAAGAAUGUAUCCAUACAAUCCGUCCCCGAAAGUUACAUUAAAUCAAGCAUCUGGGAAGUCAAUCCUUUCUCACGUUUUCAUUGGCCCUUCCAUAAUAGAACUUUCAAAACUGUCUGGUUUGUAGAGUGUUAACUUGGGAAUGAUCAUCCUGCAAUUUGAUCUGGUUAUGAAACAGUGUACUCUUUGAUGCUGAUGCCGUGUUACUGUCUGCAUCCAGAGCUAUUUAUUUCAUAUACCCCUGAUUUAUGUUCUCCUCUUCUUCAUUUAGGUGGCAUCUUUGAAAGAAGUAAUUGUAAUCUAACUUUCCCUUUUAUCAGGUGUUACCAUCUUUAAGAGAGAAGCAUGAUGAGUUUAUGUUAAGGGAGCUUGUUAGACGGUGGGGAAAUCAUAAAGUUAUGGUCAGAUGGCUUUCUCGGUUUUUCCAUUAUCUUGAUCGUUAUUUUAUUGCUCGGAGAUCACUUCCUCCUCUCAAUGAGGUUGGGCUUACCUGCUUCCGAGAUUUGGUAUGUUCCCUGUUCAACGAUUUAUAUAUGUGCGGAGAUGCAAUGACUUGCUUCUUGCUGCUUAGUUUUCUUAUUAUUUCUUGGGAAGAUGCAUUGACAGUUUUGUAAUGUCAGGUUUAUCAUGAAAUUAAAGGGAAAGUCCGAAGUGCUGUAAUAUCAUUGGUAUGUACUGUGUAUCACAUUAUUUAUCAUUCUAUUAAUGUAAUGCGUUUUCAACUAAAGAAAGUUUCUUAAUUAGAUUGAUCAAGAGCGGGAGGGAGAGCAAAUUGAUCGAGCUCUAUUGAAGAAUGUAUUGGAUAUCUUUGUUGAGAUUGGCUUGGGAAGCAUGGAUUGCUAUGAAAAUGACUUUGAACAAGCAAUGCUUGGCGAUACUGCUGCUUAUUAUUCUAGAAAGGCAACUAUCUGGAUUACGGAAGAUUCCUGCCCAGAUUAUAUGCUAAAGGUGUCUCAUCAACUGUAGUUAGGCUGUUUACUGUAUUUAGUUUACUGACUGUAUGAAUCAUUAUAUUUGCUUCAGGCUGAGGAAUGCUUGAAAAGAGAGAAAGAUAGAGUUUCUCAUUACCUGCAUUCAAGCAGUGAGCAGAAGUUAUUGGAGGUUUGAUUCUUUUCAACAAUAGAUCAAGGAAUAUCGGUUUUUCUGAUUUAUUGUAGCUUUGGCUAUAUUUAUCGGAUAAUUGUUCUCUUCUGAAGCGCCUAACAGAUCAACUUUUAAGUAUUAAUUUUCUUGUUGUAUUUGAUGUUUGUGUAGAAAGUUCAACAUGAAUUACUUUUCGUAUAUGCAAGCCAACUACUUGAAAAGGAACAUUCUGGGUGUCAUGCCUUGCUUCGAGAUGAUAAGGUUCAUAAUGAUUCAUUUCAUUGUUUCAUUAAUGAUACGUUGUAAAACAGUGAUUAUAUGUAUCUGACGUCGAUUUUAUUUUUUUUAAGGUUGACGACCUUUCAAGGAUGUACAGAUUAUUUUGUAGAAUACCACGUGGCUUGGACCCUGUUGCUCAGAUAUUCAAACAGGUCGAACACAAUUCAAUCUGACAUGUUUGUGUUUCUAUUUAAUCACGGGAAUUUAACUCAUCUGAUUUUGGUAUUUAUGCGUGAAUUUUCUCUACACAGCAUGUUACUACUGAAGGCACAACAUUGGUCAAGCAGGCAGAAGACGCAGCAAGUAACAAAAAGGUAAUUGCAAGUGAAUUUAUUUUCUCGUAUGUUUACUUUGGAAAUAUUACAUAUGAUAAAGAAUAUCUAUCAAAAGAAUGACAUGGAAUAUAUUGGGAAUUUGUCCCCUGAAGAUGGCUCAUGUAGAAAAAUUUCUCAUAUAUGUUUAAGGAACCAUCCUGUCACCUAAACAUUUGAUAUUGAAGGUGUCUGAUGAAGUGGGUUUGAUUAAGGACAUAUAUUGGUGCUUUCUCCUCAGAAGACGAUGACACUGCUAAAAUUCAUGAUCUAAGAGUGCUUCUACCACGGUCUGGACUAGUGACAGAACUGAAGAUAAUAGAAAUCAGCAUCCAUGAUAAAUUGUGGAUCCUUUUCCUUUUUUUGGCCCGUGAAAAGGGACAACUAACAGUCACUUAUUUGUCUUGAGUCUAUCAUAUUAGAAGAUAUGCAGAAAGGAUGAAUAGCAUGGGACAAUUAUAAACUUAAGCACUGACUUAAUAUAAGAAGGAAAUUAGGCAUUGACGAGAUUGAAUUAUUGUCUGGUGGCAUAAGCUUUGCCUGAAAUGGCUUUAUUACGUCUUACUUCUGGAACCAUUUUGGUGUUUGACCCACUACAUGCCACUUAGAAAACUAUUGAAACAAUCUAAUGCUUCUUUCUUUGUUAAAGAUGUUACCAAUAAUGAAAAGAUCUUACCCUGAUUAAAGUAAAGAAGACUUGUGGAAGAAGGGCAGGAAUAAAUUGCUGGUUUGGUGAAGACAAAGAUUUAUGGCGAAGCCUUAUUGGCUAAAUGCCCUAGAAGGCUUGCUGAAGACAGCUCACUAUGGGUAUGCAUAAAUUCCGGGAAGACUAUAAGAGUCGUCUCAAGUGGAUCGUGCAUGCAACUUAUAGUCUUCUAUCAUGUUUCUCCUGAGAAACAUUGUAGAGGAAGCCCAUUUUUCGGAAAACAUACUUUAUUUCCAUUUAGCUGAUGGGAAUUCUCUAAAGUUUUUGGAGACUAAAUAGAGUUCUCCGCAAGGUUCUCUCGAUAAUACCAGGCAUGAAGUUAUCAACAGACCAUAGGAAGAACUUACAAAAGUUGACAUUGCCUUUGGCAGAGGCAUUCCAGCAAUUUCGAUUCGGAGUGGGCUUCAGUGCGAUGUUAAUGGAAGAAUAAAGGCCUCUGUUCCUGAGGUGGAAGAUAAAACAGCUUGUCAAAGAACAAUCGGACAGUUUUUUCUCAGUGAAAUCAUUUGUUAUGAUGGUGAAGGCGGUUAUGGAGUGGUGUUAUGGGUUGUUUCAACAGAGUUUUAUCCCUUCUAGAGGCUCGCAACAUAUGAUAAAAUUGCUAAAUGCAACUUGGACAUAAGACUGACGACUUAAUUGUGUUCCUCACAAAGAACGGCCGACCAUCCUUUGGCUUGUUAGAGGAUUGUAAUGGUCCUAUGGCAAUAAGAGAUCAAAUUCUUGAGUUUCUAUGACUACUGUCUCAGCGUUCAUAGCAAAAUGGGCGGAUAGCUGAAGAAAAAUGCCUGGAAGCUGAAGGUCUUUUAGGAAUUGGAAUGUUUUAUUAUGACAAAACAAAUCUGAUUUGAAGUUGAAAACAUCAGCUACUUUCCUUGGGGGCUCAUGGAGCUCCAAUGUUGAUAAAAAGAAUUUAUGGGACAGUAGGUUCCAUAUGGUGGCUCGCGCAGACAGCUGAAUCCUUUUCCCAGAAACGACCAGUUGCGCUUAUAGAAAGUAGUUCAACUACUUCAGAAGCCUAGACUUACAUUAUGGUUGUCUUCUAUUUCGCUUCACAUAUGAAUGUAAUUUUUUGUUUCUGUGUUAAGAUUUAGAUCAGACAUCUUAUAUUUUCAUAAUAUACUCUCGGUCAUCCUUGCAAAGGUGUCUGGUACUGGGAUUAUCUUUAGUGCUAUGCAAUUUAAUAUCAAUAUCUGUUGGUUCGUAUGACUUUUAAUAUUGUUGGCCAACAUGGCUACCGCUGUCUGAUAUUGGUUACUUGGAAGCCUGUGUUUUGGUUCUUCUUUCUGAUUUCUCUGCUGAACAUGGAUGUCUUAUGUCGUUUAUUUACCUUUGGUUUUAGUUGGUGUAAAUCUAUUUUAUUUAAGAGUCAUCUUUGCUGCAGGCAGAGAGAAGGGACGUGGUUGGUUUGCAAGAACAGGUGAGUCUUACACAUCUUUUCAUUUUAUAUGAUUUAUUUUUUAUUUUUAACUUUGAUUAAUCAUUUUCUGAUUCAGGUUUUUGUCAGAAAAGUAAUCGAGUUGCAUGACAAAUACCUGACAUAUGUGAACAAUUGCUUUCAAAAUCACUCUCUCUUCCAUAAGGUCAAGACUGGUAUAUGGUUUUCUCCCAUUAAUCGAAUAUUGUUCAAUACAAGUUUUAAUUUUUUUUCAUUUUAUCUCUGAUGUAGGCGCUUAAAGAGGCUUUUGAGGUUUUCUGCAACAAAGGGGUGGCGGGCAGUUCUAGUGCUGAGUUGCUGGCUACAUUCUGUGAUAAUAUUCUUAAAAAGGGUGGGAGUGAGAAACUAAGUGAUGAAGCAAUUGAGGAAACACUUGAGAAGGUAGCCGAAGUUUAUUGAUUUCAUUUGAAGUGCUUUUGGUCUUACACAUGAUUACUAAAAAUGCCCACAUUGUUUGCAGGUUGUAAAGCUGCUGGUAUAUAUCAGUGAUAAGGACCUUUUCGCUGAAUUCUACAGGUGAGAGUCUUUUCCUCUGAGAGCACAUUUAGUUUGUAUUAUUAUUCUGUUUUGAUGCGUAUCUAUGUUUAUUUAUCAGAAAAAAGCUUGCACGGAGGCUUCUUUUCGAUAAGAGUGCCAAUGAUGACCAUGAGAGAAGCAUCUUAACGAAGCUGAAACAACAGUGUGGAGGGCAGUUCACGUCCAAGAUGGAGGGCAUGGUCUCUUGAAAUCCACUGACUCUUCGUUAAUAAAUUUUUAAUUAAAGCUGUGUUCUAAUUGCAUCAUUCUGAUGGCCACGUUUUGCAUGUAGGUUACUGAUUUGACUUUGGCGAGAGAAAAUCAAACCCACUUUGAAGAGUAUCUUAACAGUAAUCCUCUUGCUAAUCCUGGGAUUGAUUUGACAGUCACUGUUCUGACCACUGGAUUUUGGCCGAGCUAUAAAUCCUUUGACCUUAAUCUUCCUGCUGAGAUGGUGAGGACUAGUUUCUGAUUAUAUAAAUAUUUUCCUUUUUAAAAACGCUCAUUUUUUCUACGCCACGCUUUGCAUGCUGAAUUUAUGUGAUUUUUUGGCUCAGGUCAAAUGCGUAGAGGUUUUCAAGGAUUUUUAUCAGACAAAAACCAAGCAUAGAAAGCUAACGUGGAUAUAUUCACUCGGCACUUGCAACAUCAAUGGCAAGUUCGAGCAGAAGACCAUGGAACUGGUUGUGACAACGUAUCAGGUGAAUUCCCAGCUGUCGUAUUGCUCUUUCUUAGGGGUAAAGCAAGCAUCUCCCCCCCCCCCCCCUUCUCCCUUUACUGACGCCGUUUGACUGCUGCUUUCAGGCCUCUGCACUUCUGCUCUUUAAUGCCUCGGACAGGUUGACCUAUUCUGAGAUCAUGGCCCAGUUAAAUUUGACGGAUGAUGACGUCGUUAGAUUGCUUCACUCCCUUUCAUGCGCCAAGUACAAGAUCCUCAACAAAGAGCCGAGCAGCAAAACCAUCAGUUCAACCGACACAUUUGAGUUCAAUUCUAAGUUCACAGACAAAAUGAGGAGAAUAAAGGUCUGUUCUCUUCUUCCAUCUUCUGGGAUUUAUUUACUUAUUGAAAUAAAUAAAUAAAUAAAUAAAUAAAUAAAGUCAUACUGCAGAUCCCUCUCCCUCCCGUUGAUGAGAAGAAAAAGGUCAUUGAAGACGUUGACAAGGACAGAAGAUACGCCAUUGAUGCUUCAAUUGUUCGAAUAAUGAAAAGCCGCAAGGUCUUGGGCCACCAGCAACUGGUGAUGGAAUGUGUUGAGCAGCUUGGCCGGAUGUUCAAGGUAAUAUUAAUCUACCCUUCUCAUCUUAUUUUCAUGGAAGCGCAUGCCUGAUCGAUUUCCAUAUUAUUCUCUUGACGGCCAGAGUUUUUUCUUUUAAUCCCAAACCCCAUUCAUGGCGGGCUUUCUACCCUAUUUUAUCUUGUGAUAUCAUCUUUUUUCCAACGGAGAAAAGGCCAAAAUUAUCAGCGGGUGAAGUUAAUUUCCCCGGCUCCCAUAGAUAGAAAGGUGGCCAGUUAUAGCCAGCUGACUCGUGGGUGCAGCCCGAGUUUCAGCAGCUUUCCCCCUAGGGAAACCAGAGCGACUCCUUCAUCCCCAAUGGAGUUAUGGGGAGGGAUGGAGAGGGUGGAAGGAGGUGACAGUGCAAUUCUUUUCAUUCCAUGGGGCCCUUGGCCUUCUGCUGUGGGCCCCCAAUCGCCCCUCGUUUCCUUCUAAGGGUAAGUCAAACCGAGACAUCUGCUAUCUGCCGCCCACAGGGGAGCUGAGCUGGGCAUUGAGGCCAUGAAGGGUGGCUGCAUUUUAUCAGUAGAAGAGCCCUCCUUCCUUCCUUCUACUUGCUAAAAAUAGCUUCUGUAUCAGACCAGAAAAUCUCCCAAAGACUUUUUUUUUAGGGCCAUUCUUAGUAUGGAUCAGUGAUUCCUAUCUGAUUCACUGUUGGUACCUUGUACCCUGUUCUCCCCCCACCCUUCUCUCUCUCUCUCUCUCGCUCGCUAUGGGCAUAUAUCCUCUGCUCUGCAACAGCGCCUGUGGAGUGGUUUCCCUCUCAUCUUGAAUCAAUGUGAGUGGUUUGGAUGUGCAGCCGGACUUCAAGGCCAUCAAGAAGAGGAUCGAGGAUCUGAUCACCCGGGACUAUCUUGAGAGGGACGAGGAGAACCCUAACAUGUUCAGGUACCUGGCCUGA